GGAUAUACGUGAUCCGUCUUACUGUUAUCAGUCCGACUGCUCUUAAUGUUCCCCUUUAUUUUUGUUACCACAGUAAUGUAGUUCCGCUGUCUGUACAAGGAUACUGUAGGGAGAGGUUAAGUUGCUCAGUGCUCAAACAACAUUGCUGUCACUCUGUAAGUUCCGGAGCUAGAGAUUUAGCCUCUGAAGUGCUAGCCCUGGGACCAUGCGAUCUAUAUCGGGGUUAAUUUUACUGGUCACUGCGGCUACUUUCUAUCUCUACCUUCUCUCCACUUAUUUGCCCCCGGGGCCGCAUCACCCUCGUACAGGGGAUGAGCCGGUCAAGUCCAAUGAAAACUCGGACCCCGACUUGGGGUCGGAAGAACAUAGGACGCUGAAGUUUCCCUCAGACCUGGAAGAGUUGCGCGAGCUGGCGGAGUUGCUGCAGUUCUAUAAGACAGAGCACACAGGUUAUGUCUUGCUGCUCUUUUGCAGCGCCUACCUCUACAAGCAGUCCUUCGCCAUCCCUGGGUCCUCAUUCCUGAACAUGCUAGCAGGAGCUUUAUUUGGACCCUGGCAGGGCCUGCUUCUGGCCUGCCUCCUUACUACUAUGGGAUCCACUUUCUGUUACCUCCUGUCCAGAACAUUUGGGAAGCAGCACAUUGUCAGACUCUUCCCUGACAAGGUCGCCUUGCUGCAGCGGAAGGUUGAGGAAAACAGAAGCAGUUUGUUUUUCUUCCUGCUUUUCCUGAGGUUCUUCCCCAUGACCCCCAACUGGUUCCUGAAUGUCACCUCCCCCAUCCUCAACAUACCCAUCACUAUGUUCUUCUUCUCCGUCUUCAUUGGUUUAAUCCCAUACAACUUUAUCUGUGUGCGGACUGGCUCCAUCUUAUCAGAGAUCUCCUCUCUGGAUGACAUCUUCUCCUGGGGCACCCUACUGCAGCUCCUGGCUAUUGCCUGUGUAGCCCUCCUCCCUGGUGCCCUCAUAAAACACUACAGCCACACACACCUCAAACUGGAUGGCCUAGACCAGAACGGCCACCACCUGAACAAGAAGCUCAGAUGACCAUUUCAACCUUUUCUCCUAUCGUCUUAUUUUCUUUUUAAAAAAAGGUCUUGGCUCUUUUCAUUUGUCUUAAAAUUAUGAAUGUGAAGGAUAUGUUGACUUCUAUGUCUCAAACCUACAUCUGAAUCGAAUCUUUUAAGUUUAAACAACUUUGUAGAUUUGAUAACACCAUUGAGGGCUUUUUUAUUUGGCCCCUGCUUGGAAGAGAGUCUUAAUGACCAUUUUUCCUGCAAGAGAAAGUUGGGUUUCUGUGUACUUUCUAUGUGUCAUACUGAACAGGAUUGUCUGGAACAUGUUUGCUUAGUGCUUGUUUGUCUCACAUGUUCUGUAAGCUGUUGAAACGCAAGCUCUGCCAGAAGAUGUUGUUGGCAUGACAGGAACUUAAAGAUGUCUUUGGUGGCUUUUUCCACGCCAGUGACAUCAUGAACCCAAGGACCUUAGGAGGCUUCUGGGUCUUUUAAGGCCACUGCUACGGAACUCAGUCAUUACAACAGGCUAUGUAUCUCUUUUAGUGGUUAUUCAUGCUCAACUGUUUGUUGUUGCUGCCAAUCCUUAUGAGCACUUAUUUCAUGCCAAAGCACAGAAAGAAAACUAUAUACAGUAUGUACAUAUUUUUAUUUGAAAAAAUAAGUACGGUAGUUGCUGUGUGCACCCUUAUUUAUUAUCAAAUGAAAUGUUUUUGAUGAGAUUUAUUUCCUGGGAAAUACUGUAAUGUGAACAUUGAAUGUAUUUUCAAAGGCGUUUUAUAGCUUUUAAUUUUAAAGGAGAAACAAAGUGGGAAAACUUCAUUCUUUGAGCUUUUCACCCUGUAUGUUGACAUGAGAAAUGUUGUGUAAGUUGUGAAUUGGUGCAAAAAAAGCAGAAUGACUAGGCAAAAAACAGUAAUGAAUCUUUGUGUUUUUGCAGUGCAGUUUGCCUGCCCUAAGUUUUUUUAAGUAAUCACAUUAUGUAAAUCAGUCUAGCAGUGCAAUGUAUUUACCUAAUUACUAUCUGUUCAUUUUAGUCUCUUAUUUCACUUGUGGGCUGGACAGUAUUGCUACAUCCUGUCUCUUUGCCUUUACUGUCAUUUCCCCACAGAUCUUAGUUUGUUACAGAGAGGAAGUGGAGGAGCUGUGUUUUUUCACUGAACACUUAAAAGAAUGUAUAAAUCUUGGGAAAUCUCCCUGAAGAAAGGAGUCAACCUCCAGUGAUAGAAGAAUACAAAUACCCCAGUUCCUUUAUUUUAUUUUUUAUGUUUUAGAUUUGAUCUAGAGAGCAGUUAUUUUAUGAAUUUGGAAACUGUUUCAGUUAAAGUAAAAGAUAGCCAAAUAAUUUACAGGGUUAUUGUCCUUGACUAAUUUAUUAAUGUUUUUAUUUAGUUAGCUUUUUUUUAAUGUGGUUGGUUGCUCUGGUUUUGUUCAACAGGAACAUAAAACUAGGGCAAAAAGAAAACAAAUGUUAAUUUGGCUUUUCUUUAAAUACAUCUUCAUCCCUCAUUUCCUUCAAAAAGUGCUGUGGCAUUUUCUAAUUUAAGCAAUGUAUGAAGACAGAAAACAAUAUUACAGUGGCUUUCACAAGGCUUCAGAGAUGUACAGUAAAGAUGAUCUGCCCUUAGUCCAUUGCAGUUUGCAUCCUUGGCAGAAUCCCAGGUACUGUUUAAUGUAGGACUGUAGGUAUUAAUUUAUUUUCAAAGCACAUGCUUUUAAGCUGUGUGAUGUUUGUUUCUGAUCCCUGUAACUGCCCUCAUCGAAGCAGAAUUCAGAAAUGUCACAGGGUUCAAAUGCAAAACAGGAGAAGCUGCUUCAUCUUUUCUGCUUUCCCCUCAAAACUAUUCUGCUGUUUUUGAACUUUGCUAUUAAGCGAACACUUUGACUGUGAUGUUGUGAUCUAACUCGGGGUGUUGAAGUAGCAGUCAGCUGUAGGGCUGUGCAUUUGCAGUGUUAAUCUCCAAGCAGCAACAAACCUGUUAGCCCACCCUGUACUUUCUGUCUGUUAAUAUUUGAUGUGACAAAUAUUCAGGCAUAUUCAGCCCAGAAAUGCAAUUGGUAGUUGUUAUUUUUUUUUUAAUCAAGAUAUUAAAAAGCUUGUGAAAACUGGAAAAAAAGGAUGCAUAGCUCCAAUCAACAACAAGGUUUUUUCCUCUGUGCUGAAGCCUCACUGCUCCUAUAGCUAAGUAAAGCCUCAGCUUUUGAUAUAAAUGUAUAUCUGUGAAGUCUUAAACCUGCUCUAAUUAUUUGAAUUGAACGGAACAACACCCUGACUUCAAGGAAUUAAAAUACCGGUAGCCACCCUCCCCCGUCCCCUUUCUCUGAGGAAUGAGCCACGGAGCUACAGUACAGCAGUGCUGCAAGGCUGAUGGGGAGGAGUGCCAAUGCACAGGCAGGUGUGCUAGAAUCGUUAAGCGUUAGUGAGCAGAAGCGAGUAAGGCGAGAGUUGGCCUUCCUCCAGAACUUUGAUCACAAACUCCAUUAAGUAUAGGUAUUUUCAAUUUCUGGGAUCUUAAUUAUAUGUUUGCAUUUUUAAACUUGAAUACAAUCGUUGCAGUACCAGGGAAAAUCCAUAAUAAUAGGGUAGGGCAGUGUAAUUCUGAAAUUUGUCAUGUUUCCCCUGCCUGUGUUCGGGUUUUUUUUAGACUUUGACUGUUGGUCUACCUGCCCCUGUGUUUGUUUUGGCAAAUAUAUACUGUAUGUGACUAAUAGAUUCAUAUGAAAAAAUAGGGUUUUGCACUUUUUUAAGGAAAGGUUUUUAUAUACAAACUUGCAUUUGCUAUUUGUCUUUUGGUCUCCCAUGUACUUGCUGUGAGUACAGCCAUGCUUCACGUGAGAGCAGCUUUUUUGAAUAUCGCUGUGGGAAAGAGAAAGGAAGAAUGGUAGUGUAGGGUGGUGAAGAGUGACACUAGGGACUGAGAAAGAAUCAUAAACUGCCUAACACUAAAGUGCCUUAAGUAAAAAUACUGCCAUAUCCUUUACUCUUUUUAACCUGCUACCUCAGAGUAUAGGAAUGCUCUUCAAAUUAUUAUAGAACAGCCACUGAUUGAAGAAUUCUGUAUAUAAACCAAUAUGUAAAUACAGUUAAUGAAUUUUAGAUACUUUAAGUCAUGAUAUAGAAAUAACUUUCUUCACAGCGACCAUCGGAUGUUGCGAUUGAGUCUUGUUCCACAGGGUCUGCCAACUCUGGCGCAGGGACCCCCAGCUCAGUGGACAUUCAGCAUUUUGAAUGUUGGUCCCUUCUGCUGUCAGAUCAGAGUUUUCUAGCGAAAACCAUUUGCUGUACAUGUGCAUCUGUUUUACCAUUUUUUUCACUUAGAUUAUUCUCACAGAACAGGGUAAUUUACAGUUUCUUUCCUCUAAGGAAAUAAAUUGUGGUGGCUUCCUCUUUGAAUCUGCUCAGUUAGAGUAGAUUCUGUAAUAUGUUUUGGGGCAGAAAUCAAAACCUUUUGUUUUGUGGGUUUAUUUGAUGGCUCCAUUUGCAUGGCAACAUUAAUCUUAUGUAUUACAUGCAGUCACACAAACCCACUUUUUAAAAUGGGAUCUCUUGAUAUUUCUUCUCUAUUAAGUACUGCUCAUCGUAAUAUGGUAGUAUGCUCCCCCACUGUCUCACUGUAAUGUGAGAGGUCUGUGCUGAAAGUGCAUUUUGGAGUGGUCUGUCCUAAAAAUGAUAAAAAUAAAAAUUAUUUUAUUUUCUGUUAGGUGAAAUGUCACAGUAUCUGAUUUCUGCCAAUAUAUCUGAUUUUUAAUAUACGGUAAUUCAUGAUGAGCGCCAUUAACUGUAAUUCAGAUCUGAAAUCCAGUUUGUGUAAAUGGUGUUUGUGUUUUACCAUGGCAUUGACAGCAUUUUAAUAUGGCAGAAUGGAAAAUACUGUGAGAUAAUGAGAGAUGAACAUUUGUAAAGUCCUGUGUACGUCCAUUAACAAGUGUGUGCAUUUUUAUGUACUUGUGUUUUUUUACAAAAUUGCAGCAGUGCACAAACCCUUCUUUCCUUGUGUGCGUAUAGAGUUAAUCUAUAUAAAAAGUGUGUAAAUAUACAGCAUAAAUGAAAUAAAUACACGUAUGGUAGGCAUAACAGUGUAAUUUUAAUCACUCCACAUAAGGCACAGUAAAGUUUAGUUGUUGCAUUUUUCAGGUCUAAUUGUCUUUAAUGGUGCUUGUUAAAAUGUUUUUUUAAGAUCAAGUAUUCGAUAUUGAUAGGAAACAGGAAGAUUGUGAGAAAAUGUUUGAUUACAACACAUGGGUCUGUUUUUACAAAGUGAGUAUAUAUUUUUUCAAUAACUUAAGUUUUCUUCUUAUAAAACCAUGAAUUUCAGGUGUUUUUUGUAUGAUAAACAUCUAAACUGAAGGGGAAUUUAAAGGCUUAGUUUAUAUUUCCAGUUGGGAAAUGGGAUGGUGGAGUACAGUAUUCUACUGUUAAAUGACUUCAGUGUAUAUGGAUACUAAAGUGAGCUUCUGAGCAGCGUUUGUCUUCCCACUAAAUCUCCCCUGCCUGCAUUCACCAAAACAGUCCUAAAUCAUUUUUGUUGGAAGCAAUCAUAGCCAAUAAAUUAAUUAAUAUUGCAUCCUGUUUUAUUAAACUGUGGCACCUUGAUACAGACAGGUUAUGGGAAAUAAAACCAAAUACAAAUAAAAACUCCAAAACAUUUUAGUACCUAGUAGCUUGGCCUGAUGUAUCCAGCAGAAUAUUCUAUGGGGGCUCAAAACUAUGGCCAAAUCACCCCAUUCUUUUCAACAACAGCAGAGGAGCAAAGUCUUGGCCAAAGUAUUGAUCUUGCUUGAAGUGAUGACUCUGAACAGUUUCCCAGUGGGAAAUCAGCAGUAGAAAGAAUACAUAUUCUGUCAAUCAGCAAAUGUUUAAAAUGUUUAAAAUUUGUCUUUAAGUUAUCAUUGAGCUGCAUUUGGUCGAAGGCAGAACCUUAAGCCCCAGUGCCAAUGCAGUAGCAGAUUCCUUGCAUGAUUUACAAAACUUUGAAAAACAGACUCAUCCACUGCGCAUGAGAUUCUCUAUAUAUUUAUUACGAUUGUUCUUAACCUAAUGGAAAACUCAGAGGCUGUAUUAAAAUGGUAAGUUUGGAUCCAGAAGCAUUGCACAUGCAGUACAGCACUUUUGCUUCUGGCUAAAGUAUAGUGUCAGCUCAGUGUCAUCUUUGAUCCAAAGGUUAAUUUUUACCCUUUGUUUCAGCUUUACUUAUUUUGUUGUAAAUUAUUUCUUUUGCAUUGUUGGAUCCAGCAAUUUUUGGAGGCUGUGAGUUUUUUUUGUAUUAUUUUAAUGUGAUAAUUUCCUAUUUAUUUUGUGAAGAGGAUUUCUUAGAAGUCUUAAGUCAGGUCUUUCUGGGUUUAUUUUUAAAAUAGAAUUUUUCCUGUUUAUGGAUUGGUUUUUGUGGUUUUCUUCAGCUUUAUCCCAAUGUUUACCCAAGAGAAUACUGUAGAUCUUGUAGGCUUGUCAGGAUGCAAAAACAAGCCAUGUCUUACUGAGUUUGUUUACAAGUACACAAUUGAUUUUAUUAUUUUGUAAGAAAAUAAAUAAUUGAUUGAUGACAUGCUAA